ACUCCACGCUGCUAUUUUUACCUGUCCUCUGGCAGAGCCCUCGCACUGGAGCAGCAAGCGGGCAGCGAGCGGGCAGCAAGCGGGCAGCGAGAGGAUAGCAACCAGGGAGCAGGGCACCGGGUAGCUUUUGGAUUGGAGAGAGAGUGGAAGGAGGCUGAAACGAGAAUGCUAGAGAGAGAGAGGGAGAGAGAGAGAAGGUUUGCAUCUAACAGCACCACAGAGCAACAGCAAGUCCUGUCAAACAAGCCUUCCACUUCUUGCAGUUUACAAACUGUUUAUUUUUUAAGGUAGAGAACAUAAAGUGUGGCAGAGGGACUCGGCAUGAUCUUUUUCUUAAUUUUUGCUCUACAGCGUCGCUUUCACUGAUUUUAUUUUUUUGCAGAUGACAGUGGUGUCGGCCAACACCAAAGGCCUGAUGGACAGUGUCCACGCCCACGCAAUUCUCAGCUCGCUGAACGAGCAGCGCACAAGCGGCUUGUUCUGCGAUGUAACCAUCGUGGUCGAGGACAUCAAAUUCAAGGCUCACCGCAAUGUCCUGGCCGCCUCAAGCGGAUACUUCCGGAGCACCUUCUCCACUCCCGAGCCUGGCUCAUUGAGCCAGGUGCUGGAGCUGGUGGAUCUCAGGUCUGAGGUUUUUGCCAGCAUCCUUAACUUCAUCUACAGCUCCAAAGUGGCUCCUACGGGUGUUGAGGAUACCAGGCUGCUGGUGGCCGCAGGGAAAAGGCUUGGCAUCCCCUUUCUGGAGAACAUGGUGGAACAUGAGAAGCGAGGCCCCGGUGUGCCCUCCUGCCAAACCCAGCAGCCAAUCAAAACAGUCAGUCCAAGCAAUACCCCUACGUCCAUCAGUCCUCAACUGCUGAAGAACGAGACGGCCCGGGCCGAAGAGGUAGAAAGUGCCAGCGGUCCCCGGAUCACCAACGCUUUCUCCAUAACAGAGGCUGGAGCCCCCUUAGGCCUGCGGGGUGAGGGGAGACGACCCGUCGAGCCAGGCCUCCUCCUCACCCAAAACUCCACCCCCGCAUUUUGCGAGCCUGUGCACAAUCUCUCCGAACACUCAUACGCCGUGAGCCAGGGAGGUGAAAAGGAAGCCGUGGCUCCGUCUCUGGCACUGCCCAAAUCACAAAUAUACCAGAGCUCAGGUCCACUAAAGAAACGACACAGGCCUGCCACACUCGCCCUUGGCACUCCUGUGCUGGCCAGCAGUGACUGCCAGAUUUCAACCGCUGCUAUGGCUACCACUGCAGCAUCCACACUGACAUCCACAUCCUCAGAUACCAACGAUCAGGUAAGCAGCACAACAGAGCUACCUGUGAGCGAGCCUGCCUCAGCACGAGUGACAAGCCCUCCGUGUCCAUCACUGCUGUCCUCCCGCUGCGAUUCCUUCCCAGAGACACCCAGCAGCAGAGCAACUCCCAGCAGACACUCACAAAUCCCCAAGAAGAGGUUUGCAAGGCAUUUGUUCUGCAAGUUCUGUUGCAGAAAAUUCAUGCACCUGAAACGACUGCGUACCCAUGAGCAGGUGUGCAACAAAGCCCAGACGACUGAAACCGAAUGUGACCUCAGGGGCACGGAGGACGGCGAUAGAUCUUCUGCCGGCGAUGAACGAAGUACACCUGAGAGGGAGAUCUCACUGCAGCCAUCUCUCUGCUCAAACGACCUCUCGACUCCCAAGGGGUUGACUGAGGAACCGCAGGAGGUGGAUGGAAGAACCAGGAAGGUGAAAGACAAGAGAGUGUACACAUGUGGUGUAUGUAAACGGGCCUAUGUGACCCUGUCCAGCCUGAGGAGACACGAGAACGUGCACUCCUGGCACAGGGCAUACCCGUGUCACUACUGUGACAAAGUGUUUGCCCUGGCCGAGUACCGCACCAAGCACGAGGUCUGGCACACAGGGGAACGCCGCUAUCAGUGCAUCUUCUGUCUGGAUACCUUCAUGACCUACUACAUCCUGAAGAACCAUCAGAAAUCCUACCACGGGAUUGACCCCAGGAUGGUCGUCAACAGGAAAUCGGCUAACGGUAGUCUCAAGGGCAGCAUUUAUCCCAUUAAGCUCUACAGGCUUCUACCGAUGACGUUUCGAAAGAGGCGGUACACGUACAGUCAAACCUUCCCUGAGGAAUCCCCCAACAAGACCUUCUCCCUGGGCUGCAGCUCACCCACAGUCUCUUUUGACGAGACCGGCACAAAUGUCUGUUCGAGUGAUUCUUUGUUCAAUAUGCCUGUAACAUUCAUGGCAACACCUAAAGUGAUCGCAUCUGUGACUCCCCACAUUACCUUUGAUCAGCCAUGUGACCAGGAUGUAGUUCAGCCCUUGUCUUCCGAAGGAGUACCUUCACUGAGACCAAGGCCUUCAGUGUCUUCCAUGAAGGAGGUGUGCACCAACUUCACUUAUGAUGACAACAGUGGCCCAUCAGUCAUCAGAUAUGGUUGCAUGCCUUCCCUUGCUUCAAAUCCAGCUAAUAAAGUUUCUUCUGUGAUUAGGCAAGGCAAUGAUAAUUCCCCAGCAGCACUGAAGACUUUCCAAAAUGACAAGCCCUUCCUAGAUCAAAGCCAUGAUAGAUCUCUUAACUUAGAGAAUCCGCUGGAGGCCCUUACUGGUGCUCCCCAUCAUACUGAAGCUAUGGCUAAUUAUCUUCUUGGGAGGGAUCAGAGGAAAACUGAAACUUACAUUGCCAAGCCUGCAUGUCCAGGACCAUCAGAGGACAGUCGGGUUCUUCCUCUCUGCCAGAUCACAGUAAAGAUUGGUGAAGAGGCCCUCGUCCGCCGGAGAAUAAGGGGUUCUAAGCUUUUUUCAAGAAGAAGGAAGAAGAGCCAUUGUCAAGUGGACAAGGAAGACCUGAACAACAACUUAGAAAGGAGUGGCCAUUGCCCAGACCUACGUCUAAGAACUGAGGUCGCCUCACUUGCAGAAACAGAAGCAUAUGAUGAUGCCACUGACCAUGACACGGCAGACCAACUUUGGCGUCCAUACUAUUCCUACAAACCUAAGAAAAAACCAAAGAAGUUGAGAUGCAAGAGGAGACGGAGUCAUAGCAGACAGCUAGGCAGACAUGUGAAGGAAGACAUGAAGGUCCUAGAACCCAAUACUCGGGGGGGCUGCGUGGAUAUGGGCUACAGCCUAAAUGACACAAUCUCAUCAGACAAAGCAGAGACUAGAAGCCAGUUGAAGAACAGUGGUGACAAGAUGACUUAUACUUGUGACACCUGCAAUGCUAUGUUUUUCACCUUGUCCUCGCUGCAGACACAUGUGAUUUCUUGUCGCCCCUGUUUCUGCCGGGUCUGUGGUAAGCUGUGCACCUCUAGGGACAGUUUUGAUGGCCCCGAAGAAGACAAGGACCUCGUCUGCAAAUCCUGUGUGGAGAACGGUUCCUGCUUCGAGAAUACCACCAGGGCUGUGAGCACGGAAAAGCGAUAUCGCUGUGCCUUCUGUCCUCAGCGCUUCCUGUAUCUUGCCACCAAGAGGAGCCAUGAGAAAAAGCAUAUAGAAAAACACAGCAAGGGCUACAGCUGCUACUACUGCCCCAAAAUCUGCAAAACGACCAUUGCUCUGAGUAUACACCAAAAACGGCACUUAAUUAAAGCUGAGGUGGGAGAUGGUUACAGCAAGUCACCACCAAGGACUACAUGCCCUAUACCCGGAGUAAAGCGAGCUCCGAAACAAGAGGCUUGGGAGUUAAACGUAGAUUCAUCUGUAGCCCUUAAGCUAGAGGAGCAGGAGCGGGUUAACAGCAAUGAUUGUUAUCAAGAAGUCAAACAAGCCCAAGAAAAAAUGCUGAGAUCGUUUCGCGACAGCUCCGUGCUCCCGUGCCCUGCCGAAGAAGCCACCACCAAGGACAGAGUGAAAGAAGUAGGUCCAGAGAACCUAAAAAGCCAGGCCUUUGACUAUGAAAGGGACCUUAAAGAUGGGCUCAGUUACAGCAAGAAAAGCAUCAUAACUCCCAUGGGAACAGAUCACACAGCUAGGCUUCAGUUCCUCUGCAAGGAGGAGCUAUCUUUCCACCAUGACCCCGUGAUAUGGCCAAAGGAUCCCAGCAGAAAUGGACCACUGGGCUAACUGGCCAACCAAGAAUUUACCUACUCCUUACUUCAGCUUCUAUUGAUGAUUUAAUUCCCUACCUGAAUAUGAUAAUGUACACCUAUGUAGAUUUUUUAAAUAAAAAUAUAUAUGUAAAUAUAAUAUAUUUUUCUUCACUCUAAAAAUAAUUGGUAGUUUUUCAUUUUUUAAAAGAUGUUGUUUUUAUUUUUAUAUUUUUCAAUUUCCUUUUUGGGAAUAGCUAACAAAUAACUUGCUCCUGGUAUAUGGUAGAAUCAGUAUCCAUCAUAUCAUUUCUUAUUGCGAAAAAUAGCUGCUAAGCGACUGUAGCUUCUCUAUGUUUAACACCUUUAAAAGCUUUCAGUAUGUUUGCAUUAAUACGAGAUCUAUGUAUUAGUAUGCUUUUAGAAGUGCCAUUGUUAUUUUCAUGAUACGGCUGAUUAAAAUUUCCACAUUCAUACAAUA